AACUGAGAAUACCUAACAGCAGUCAUAGGAGAAAGGGACGGAUCCGCUCGCUGGGUCGCCGAUACACGACAACCUGAUUAUCAGCCGGCGAUCCGGUUGUUUACUGUUUUCGUUCAACCAGCAGCAGAAGCUUCACGAGCGUCCAAGCGAUACUCGAAGUUUCGUUGUGGUGUGUGAGCGUAGGAUAUCGAAAGAAUUGGCGGCAGACGCUGAUCUCGUCGAGGAACGUUCUCUCUAUUACUCCACCGGAAUAGCUUGCGACACAGCAAGAUGUCCCUCCGCGCUAUGAUUGGGUUUGGUCGUCUCGUCGCCUCCAGGAAUACUGGCGCUCUGAGAAUCGCGACUGUUGGCAACGCGCCCAUCCUGAAGACUCAAAGCGUGACUCCGAUACUCACACAACUUCUACAUCGAUCGGCGACUCUCCUCAAGGAUUUGAGUUAUGAGGACCUGGUUGCGCUCAUCCGAGGCGGCGAUCUCCACCUGAUCGAUGUCCGAGAGCCCAACGAGAUUCUGGAAACCGGGAAAAUCCCCGGAGCCAUCAACAUUCCCCUUGGUCAGGUUAAGCCCGCGCUGCUUCUGGAGGACACGGUCUUCCAAGAGCGAUUCAGAUGUGAAAAACCCCAACGCCACGACUCGAACUUGAUCUUCUACGGUCUUGGUCCAAUCAAAAGUAGGGCCGCAGUGGAGCUCGCACGGAAGGCCGGUUACAAAAGCUGCCGCGAAUACAGCGCGGGAUUCGAGGACUGGCUGAAGCACGAAGAGAAAAUCGAGCGCAUCAAGGUUUGAUCGGCUCGGUUGAGCACCGGACGCGAUUGGAAUCGGUCCCAUGGGUUCCUACAGUACUUAAGCUUGACAAAGUCUCCAGAAUGGCAACUAUCAUCAGGUCAAAAGAGUGAAGCCAGCUGACCAGGCAAUUCGCUCGGGAUCGCAGUCUCUGAGUCACCCUUGUGACCUCAGACAAGAGUCCUACUGGCGUUUCGAAUAAAGUCUCCACCUGUACAGUUUUUCUAAUAAGG